GUGAAGAAAUCGAUUUAAGGAAUAUUUCGGAAGUUCUUUAGUUAAAUGUGUUUCACAAAAAUAAUGUAAAAUAUCCAUAAAUCCACUUGUGAAACUUGCAAAAAAAUGUGUGUAAUCUGCAAAGCUAUAAACUAAAUCUUAGAAAUAAAUGCAAUUAACGAAAUUUGUAUAUUCAAUUGGACAACUACUAGUAAAACAACAUAGGAAAUAACGAAAGAAAAAUUCAAUCAAUUGAGUUGAUACUAAAUCACGAAUUUAGUCAACAUGGGCACGGUGCUGAGUUUUAAUCCAAGGGAUAGACAUCCCAUCUAUUCGUCACAGCCCAAUUUUCCAUACAAUCAAUCCGCUGACUUGCAGGCGGAGAAACUCAACGAGACUGCGGGCUCCAUCGAUUCGCAUUUGAAUAACUUCUCGUAUGAGCAGCUGAAUAAUGCCAAGAACCGCGAGAAUAAAUCGGGCAAAUCCGGAAUGUCGUCGCACCAAAUAUCGCGACAUGGCUCCGGACACAAUCAGAACAGCUGUGGGGCAAGCAUGCAAUAUAAUUCAAUGCACACGCAAAUCAAUUCGCACAACAACUUCAAUAAUCUGACAGUGUCGUCGAAGGACACGAUCAACAAUGAUUUGGACUCGCAUAAUGAGAACUCGAUUGUCAUCUCGGAGAAGAGUUCGAUUGAGAAGAGCUUGAAGAAGCACUCGCUGUUCAUCAAUGCGCUCUCAUGGAAGAAGCUAUCGACUUCGCAUAACAAAAAGAAGGUCGACAACAAGAACAAAUGCGCCAAUAUGCCGUCGGCCUGCUUUAAGGCUCAACUCCUGGAGGCAUCGUACUCCACAUCGGGGGCGGUGAAUGCGACAGCCACAGCUGAUAAGAAUAAGAAUAUCCAGCUGCAUUGCAAUCACAUCGAGGAGCAUCAGCAUCAGCAACAGCAUCACUGCAAUCAAAAUCAGGUCAUCAGGGAUUUGCCAUUCUUCCCCACGGCCGCCAAAACACAGAAGCCAUCCACGGCCAAGGAGCUGGGACGUGUCAACAAUACCAACUCGAUAACCAAUCACAACAAACUGAUCCAGAAGCAGCCUUUAACGUUGACACUGCCCCAGCAGUUGCAGGCUUCGUCGAUACAGAUCAAGAACACUAAUCAAAAUCACAUUCCACGCAAAACUGUUAUACAGGCUUCUACUUCGGAACUACUCAAAUGUCUGGGCAUGUUCUUGCACUAUCGUUGCCAUCGGUUAAACAACUUCGAUCCUGGCGACGCCGUCAUGUGGCUCAGGGCUGUCGAUCGUAGCCUCCUCUUGCAAGGCUGGCAGGAUGUGGCAUUUAUCAAUCCAGCAAAUGUUGUAUUCGUCUACAUGUUGGUUCGCGAACUGGUCAACGGAGAGGAAACAAAGGAAUCUGAUCUUCAGGCAUCUGUGCUCACUUGUUUGUAUUUGUCGUAUUCAUACAUGGGAAACGAAAUAAGUUAUCCUCUUAAGCCAUUUUUGGUCGAAGACUCCAAAGAGAACUUUUGGGACAGAUGCCUGGUGAUCGUGAACAGAUUAAGCAAUAAGAUGCUUAAGAUCAAUGCAGAGCCAGCAUUCUUUACUGAAGUAUUCACUGAAUUAAAAUCAUGCGGUCAAUUUCAAACCAACUCGAAUCGAAGAUCAUCUUGCGGAGGCGCCUGACGGAAAGAUAACCGACAGGUUGUGGUCCGACUUUCAUUGUCUACACAUCAGCAGACUUUUCCAGAUAAAAUAAAACAAAAUAGUGCUAAACAAUGAAAAAGAAACAAAAUACAAAACAAAACAAAACCAAAACAAAAACCAAGCAUAAACACUUCGUAAAUCAUUAGAAAAUUUCUUUAUGUCACCAUCACACUUGUUCAAAAUAAAAAUGUAAAGAUAUUAAAAGACAUUAUGCAAAUUCGGAUAAAAACAAAAAACAAAACUAAAACUAAACUAACAAUUAUGAAGUGUAACGGCGUUGUGUUCUCUAUUUAAAUGGAAUGCAAUAAUGUUCAAUAAACUGAAUAAAAUCUUAA